AUAUCUGCUGUCCCCUCACCACCAGCCUCAUAUAAAAAGCCAUCCAUUGUCUGCAGCAGUGACUGACUCUUCACACGUCUGCACACGUCCAAUUUACAGGCAUUUGAUUUUAUGAGCACAAGUCAAGCCAGGAGCUCCAGAGAAGCAGAGCGAUGAAUCCCAAAGGGGAUAAGCCGAAGUCGAAGAUUUCGGCUUCCCGCAAGCUCUCCCUCAAAAUGUUGCUCCUCCAAAGAGCAUGCGAGGAUCUGGAGAAGGAGAGACAGGAGCGGGAGGAGGAGAAAGCGCGUUAUUUGGGGGAAAAGUUGCCCCCACUGCAGCUGUCUGGUUUAUCACUGGAUGAGCUACAAAAAUUGUGCAAACAGCUUCAUGAAAAAAUUGACAUUGUGGACGAAGAGCGGUACGACUGUGAACAUAAAGUGAACAAACACAACAAAGAUAUCCACGAGCUGAAACUGAAAGUGCAGGACCUUGGAGGAAAGUUCAAAAAGCCCGCCCUGAGGAAGGUGAGGGUGUCAGCAGAUGAGAUGAUGAGGGCUCUCCUGGGCUCCAAACACAAGGGCUCAAUGGACCUCCGAGCUAAUCUGAAGUCUGUGAAGAAGGAGGACGUCAAACAAGACAAGGUGCUCACCUCUGAGGUGGGAGACUGGCGUAAGAACGUGGAGGCCAUGUCAGGCAUGGAAGGCCGCAAGAAGAUGUUUGAUACAGGCGGCGGAGCGCAGUGAGUCACUGCAGGCCAAAAAUAAAAAAUAAAAAAUCUAAAUGCAGAUAAAUAUUCUCUAUUCAUAAUAAAUCAAAAACAUGGAUUAUUGAUCUGAAGGCCAACAGUUUUAUUUACAGUGCAGUGACUUGCAGCACUCAAGAGUGUUUUUAACAUUUCCUUUUGUUUUAAGACAAGCCAAAUGAACCAGAAAUAAAAGUCUGUUUCUAUUUUUCCUGA